AUGACCGAAAGCCCCGCGACCAAGCUAGUCAACGGAGAUGAGUGUCCGCGUGUAAAGAACGGACUGAAGACGGAGAGAAACGGCUUGGAAAAGAGCCUCCACCGCUGCCAUGAGCGGCAGCCCAAGCACCACUGCCACCCCGAGGAGGAGGAGGUCCAUGCAGCAUCACACGGUGGCCUGUACAGCCGGCCCUUCAUUGAGUCUUUCGAGGAGACGCCCAUGCUGGUGGCAGUGUUCACCUACAUGAGCUACGGCAUUCUGACCAUCUUCGGCUACCUCCGCGACUUUCUCCGUCACUGGAAGAUCGAAAGGUGCAACAUCGCCAGGGAGAAGGAGGAACAGAAGGACUUUGUGCCGCUCUACCAGGAUUUUGAGAACUUUUACAACAGAAACAUCUACAUGCGUAUAAGAGACAGCUGGAACAGGCCCUUAUGUAGCGUCCCGGGGGCCAAAAUGGACCUGCUGGAACAAGCCACCCACGACUACAACUGGACGUUUCAUUACACAGGUCGGGUGAUGCAUGAUGUGAUUAACUUGGGCUCGUAUAAUUACCUCGGCUUCGCUGACAACACAGGUCCGUGUGCUGAUUCUGCAGCCGAGGCCACCAUGAAGUACGGCGUCGGAGUUGCAAGCACCAGGCAGGAGAUAGGUAACCUGGACAGACACGAGGAGAUGGAGAAACUGGUGGCUAAGUUCCUGGGCGUGGAGUCAGCCAUGACGUUUGGGAUGGGGUUUGCAACCAACUCCAUGAACAUACCGGCACUGUCUGGCAAGGGCUGUCUGAUUCUGAGUGAUGAACUGAACCAUGCCUCUCUGGUCCUGGGUGCCAGACUCUCCGGGUCCACCAUCAGAGUCUUCAAACACAACAAUAUGCAGAGCCUUGAGAAACUGCUGAGAGAGGCCAUCGUUCACGGGCAGCCCAGGACUCACAGACCAUGGAAGAAGAUCCUCAUUGUGGUAGAGGGCAUUUACAGCAUGGAGGGAAGUGUAGUGCGCCUGCCAGAAGUGAUUGCCCUGAAGAAGCGCUACCGGGCCUACCUUUACCUGGACGAGGCCCACAGCAUAGGGGCACUGGGGCCGAGAGGGAGAGGGGUGGUCGAUUACUUUGGCCUAGACCCCUGUGAUGUGGACGUCAUGAUGGGCACAUUUACCAAGAGCUUUGGCGCUGCAGGGGGAUACAUCGCAGGGAAAAGGGAGCUUAUUGAGUACCUGCGCUCCCAUUCCCACAGUGCGGUCUACGCCACCUCCAUGUCUCCUCCGGUAAUGGAGCAAAUCAUCACUUCUAUGAAGUGCAUUAUGGGAGAGGAUGGCACAACAAUGGGCUGUGAACGUGUGCGACAGCUGGCAAAGAACACGGUCUAUUUCCGCAAGAGGCUUCGAGAAAUGGGCUUCAUCAUCUACGGCAAUGAGGGCUCACCUGUCGUACCCAUGAUGCUCUACAUGCCCGCCAAGAUAGGAGCGUUUGCCAGGGAGAUGUUAAAGAGGAACAUCGGGGUGGUGGGCGUUGGCUUCCCCGCUACACCCAUCAUCGAGUCCCGGGCACGUUUCUGCAUCUCGGCCGCCCACACAAAAGAUGUGCUCGACACGGCGCUGAGUGUCAUCAAUGAGGUAGGAGACCUUCUUCAGCUCAAGUAUUCCCGACGCAAAAGACAGCCGUCUUUGGCCCGGCCCUUUGAUGAUAAUGUGUAUGAGGACAUUGACGACUGAUGAACCACUCCGCUCCUAAAGUGGCGUGAACCAGAACAACCCCAGAAAACAUAGAACAGGUCAAGAUGGAUCACAAGUCUUCCACAAGGACCGAGAUGUGCGCAGGUGCCCCUUGUCACUCGCUUUCCAUAAUGUAACCCCCAACAAAAGAAAACUACUUAAAACUAUUGUCUUAUUCAACUUUGCCUUACAUAACCAUGCCAAACUUGGUGGUGCACUGAAACACCACACUUCUGCUUUUUCUUGUGUACUUUUUAUGUGUGUGUGUGUGUGUGUGUGUGUGUGUGUGUGUGUGUGUGUGUGUGUGUGUGUGUGUGUGUGUGGGAAUAUAGAUCUAAAGUGAACUUCAUCGGGGUAAAGUUAGAGAUUACUUUCAAACAUUAAUCAAAAGGCUUGUUCUUUCAUCCAGUAGCGUUCAGAUCAGUGAUCACUGCCAUAGGCCGAAAGCACUGGAUGUUGCACUGUUUACACAAGGCCAUGUGAGUGACCAGAUUUCAUUCCUGUCUGUUUUGUUAGCAAGAUAUCGUACCAAGUAAAAUGGAUUUUAAGGAUUAUGUAAAUAAUGAUCCAGAUCUGGACUGCCGUUGGACGACUAUAGCAUUACAGUUUACUCUAUUAAUGUGCUAAUGGGAGAACCUUAACAUCCACCUGGCAUUCUUUUGAGACUUGUUUUUGGUGGCAGUGCACACUCUACUAGGGGGCUUCUAGUUUUGUCCAAGUUGGUUUUUGUAUAUUCAAACAGGUAGAACUUUUUUCCCAUUUUUUUAUUUUUUUAUUUAGGGAAUAAGACUAGUCAAAAAAGCCCUGCUGAUGACACCUUGAACCUGACUUUACACAUUUUUGAACCAACCAACAUUUUAGAUCAUGUUAUAUUGUUUGUCAGAAGAUAAUUACCCCGAUCAAUGCAAGGACUGAAUUAAUUUGAUGUUUGGGUAAAUAUGAUUAUUCUUUUUGUUUCUUUCAAGAGUUAGAUUGGAAGAUCAAUACCACUUUCAUGACCGUUUGGUAAAUAUGAAUCUACAGCUAGCAAGCGCUUAGCUUACCCCAGCCUAAAGGAAAAUAGUUCCAGCCCGUAACUUUCUUUAAAACCAAAAAUUGUAACUUUUACAUUUUGGUUUUUGUACCGUUAAAACAAACUGUUUUCAGUUGUUUUUUUAUGCCAAGCUAAGCUAAUUACCUGAUGGCUCUAGCUUCAUAUCUAUCAUACAGUCACAAGAGUGUUAUCAAUCCCCUAUUCUAAAUUUAAAACAAAGCAAAGUGUAUUUCCAAAAAUACUUUCUUUAAAUUCAGGUCAGUAUGGUGCAAGUGCAGGUCAGGUUAAAUGUCUAAUGUUUGCUACAGUAAGCUAAUCUACUAAGCAUAAUUUGCAUUUUUUAAAAGCCAUUAAAAAACUUGUGAAAACAGUCAUGAACUACAGCUCGACAAUUUAAUUUUCCUCAACUAACACCAGCUCUGGAUCAGUGGAACUGUGCCAAAAUGGAAAUGGUUUAAAAAGUAGUGAUCAUGUCAUUAGCCAUAUUAUCGUAGUGUAACAGAGUAAAUUGCCCACACACAGAGGAAAACAAACAUAUGCUGUAUAGCCCCAACAAUCAGAGGCUGAUAUCUUCUUAAAUGGACUGUACAUGGCAUUAGCAAAA